AACCCACACGGCUACACCUCCACUUUAACCUGCUCAUCUGAAAUGAACUUGACGGACUACUGUUGGAUUUGCGGGGUUUUCUCAUCCAGUGAGGCCAUGGCUCUCCAUCCGAGUCAUUCGCCGAAAGCGCGUCAGCUCCACUAAAGACCAAACUUAUCAGGCUUCCCUCCAGACAUUUAUGAGCCGCGUCUCGGUGCUUUUUCAGUGAAUUUGUGCGUAAAACGUUCAAAUACCCAGGAGACUUUGCCAGCCAAGCUGUGGAACUAAAUGACAUUUAUGUGAUUGUGGUGCCCACUGGAUCUGAGAGGAUGGAAACGUUACUUUACGUGGUGUUUGCCUUCAUAUUGCCCGGGGUUAGUUGGGGUCUUGGAUACUCGGAGCCCUCAUCCGCCUCCGGUCUCCAGACGGGACAGCGGGUGGCGAGCAGACACAGGAACUGGUGUGCUUAUGUUGUGACACGCACCAUCAGCUGUGUGAUGGAGGACGGAGUGGAGACGUACAUCAAACCAGACUACCAACGCUGUGCCUGGGGCCAGUGUCCUAGAGUGGUCUACCGGACAUACAGAAGGCCAAGCUAUAAGGUAGCCUACAAGAUGGUGACAGAGAUGGAGUGGAGGUGUUGCCAUGGUUACUCAGGUGAAGACUGCCACGAUGGGCCAAGGGGAGGCACUGACACUCAGGUCAACACAGGAAGACCCCGCAUCACGCAGACGGGCCACAACACGGGCGGUGGACAGAGGGGUGGAGACAGCAAUGGUGACAGUGAGAAGAUAAGACAACUGGAGGAGAAGAUCCAGAGUCUCACCAAAGACCUUCACACCAUGCAGUCCACCAUGCACGGCAUGAACCAGAGACUGCCAGGUCUGAAUGGAGCCAGUAUCCCUUCAGAUGCAGCUCAGCCACAUAUGAAGGAAACCAUCAACAACAUCCAGACCAGGCUGGACCAGCUUUACAACAGGACACAGGUCCAUGACCAGACCCUGCUCCACAUCAACAACCACCUGGUGAAUGGUAAUGGAGGAGGCAAUGAACUGGAUGGAGUAGUCAGAGGAGGAGGUCUUGGGGGGAAUCAGCUGAACACACUGAAGGAGGAGAUACUGACGGAGCUGGAGCGACGCGUGUCCUUGUCCUGCUCUUCCUGCCAGGCAGGUGUGGAGGACCUGAGGAGGCAGCAGCAACAGGACAGGGAGAGGAUCAGAGCCCUGGAGAAGGUGAUCAGCUCCAUGGACCAGCAUGUGAGGCAGAGCCUGGAGAUCACCCGCAGGGAGACAGAGCGCGCCCAAGACUGCUGCAACACAGUCACGGAGCUGGAGAAGCGGCUGGCUGCCUUGGAGGUCCGUGUCACCUCCACGGCUAACGGUUAUGACAUCAUCAAAGGGCGCCUGGAUAAGGAACUGGCUGGGACAGGUGGUGGAGGAGUUGGAGGUGGAAAGGGAAGAGUGACAGAGGACAGGUUAAAUAACAGACUGAGGGAAGUGGAGAAGAGGCUGAAUAACACGGUGAGGAAGGCGGAACAGAGGUGUACCAACACUGGGAACAACAUGAAGGACAAUCUCCAGAGGGAGGUCACUCAGAUACGCAACAUGGUCCUCAGUCGUCUGGAUGACCACGGCAACAAGAUUGGCAAGAUAGAGCUGGAUGUGGCUGUUCUUGGUGACACAGUCACUGACCAUAGCAGGCGUUUAGGCCAGCUGGAAGAUAUAACAACCCUCAUUGACAAGAAGCUAACGUCAACCACAAACAUGUGCACUGAGGCCUGUGGGCCCAAUGGAAGCGGUCGUAAGACUGAAGACACAGUCAAGACCUUAGAAUGGAGAGUUGUGGCCAACGAAGAGGAGAUUCAGAAGUUUGACACAAGGUUAAAGGACCUGUCUGUGUCAGGAGACUCACUGAUGGACAGAGUGAUUAACUUAGCAGAGGAUAUAAAAAAGAUAAAGGCUGUCACUGGGGAGGACGGCGAGCGCUUCAACCGGAUCGUUACAGAGGUUGAAACCUUGGGUCGCGACGUUGAAGAUUGCUCUGUUUGCAGCACUGUUGAAGAGGAUUUACGCUCACUUACCAACUCCACCAACAGGGCCCUGAACAGAUGCCAGACGGAGCUGACAGAUUUGCGGAGAAGAAUCGACUCAGAUGAGUCCGCCUGCUCUCAGGUAUGCUCCAACCUUCAGGAGGAGGUAGGAAGACUCAGAGAAGAUGUAGAGGAAUGUACUGGACAGUGUAAAAACAACAUAAACGAUCUUAAGGAGACCCUGGAAGGUCAUAACACCCACAGUGGAAAACUAGGGGGGGAUCUGAAAUCCCUCCAAGGCGAGCUGGCUGGGGUCAUGGUCACAUUCAGCUCCAUUAAUGACACUCUGAAGGGCCUGGGAAGGACUGUACAGACACAUGGGGACACUCUGGCUGAUCUGACCAACACCAACGAUGACAUCAUGUCUGAGGUGGACAAGGUACAGAGGGAGCUGACGGACCACAUUGAUGACUCUAAGCUUAAGUUUGGCAGCCUGGGCAAAGAGAUAGAAAUCAUCACUCGCAACUAUGUAACAGAGGUGGGCGAGUGCCGGCGAUCCAGCGACGGCCUGGAACGGAGACUCUCCAAGAUGGAGGAGGUGUGCGGACGCAUGGACUCCUUUUCCGACAGCCUGCAGAGGAUCAAGGAGGGCCUGAACCGCCAUGUGUCUGGGCUGUGGAAUUGCGUUAAUGGACUCAAUGUCACAGUAGCGUCUCAAGGUGAUGUUAUCGACAAUAUCCAGAACGUCCAGCUGGAGAAUGUCCACUCGAAAAUACACAGGCUGAACUCUUCCGUUCUUGACUUGGUCAAAGAGUUCCACAGUUUCACAGAGCAGGACUUCAUGGGCCCACCUGGUUUACCAGGCCCACGUGGAGAGAGAGGCGUGACUGGUCUCCAGGGACCAAAGGGGCCCCAAGGGAACCAAGGACCCCCAGGCAGAGAGGGAAGGCAAGGACCAGUGGGACCCCCUGGUCUCAGAGGCGAACAGGGUCCUGCAGGGUCAGACGCCAACGUGCCACGUCUUGCUUUCUCUGCUGCCCUCACUCGUCCAAUGCGAAGUGCAGGAACCAUAGUCUUCAAUGAAGUGUUUGUCAAUGAAGAUAAUGUCUACAGCCCACAUACAGGAUAUUUCACAGCACCGGUGAGUGGGAACUACUACUUCAGCGCCAUUCUGACUGGCCACAAGAACGUGAAGAUCGAGGCGGUGUUGUCCAAGUCCAACACCGGCGUGGCUCGGGGAGACUCAGCUGGGUAUCAGCCUGAAGGCCUGGAAAAGCCCAUGGCAGAGGCAAAACAAAUUCCUGGAGCGCUAGCGGUCUUCAACAUCAUCCUCCCCAUGGAAGUAGGGGACACAGUCUGCAUUGACCUUGUCACUGGCAAGCUGGCCCACUCCUCUGAACCCUUGACCAUCUUCAGUGGGAUGCUGCUAUAUGAGACCAUCUAAUUGGAUGUAGUCUCAAAAUGAUUGGGCCAAUUGGGCGAGACUUUCAGCACGAGAGCAUUGAUUAGGUUUGCCAGUCUUUAAGAGACAGAGCCAUUGACCAGCUGGACAGACAGAAACAACUUAAGUUUUCUCUGAGAGAAGAUUUAAAAUUGGGAAUUGAAGAUUGGAUUAAUUCAGCAAGAAGCAAGAGACUUACAUGGUACUUUUAGUGCUAAGAAGGAAGGAAAAAGAUUUCUAUUUUCAGCCACCAUGAUUUGUAUUGUGUCUCACAGCUUUAAGAAAAUGAUUGGUUGGUGCAAGAAGCCAUCGUUUUUUUGUUUUGUUUGUUUUGUUAAUGCCACUGCAGGGUUAUCUCAUAAUUCACCAGUUUUAUGCUGCACUAUAAACUUGAAUGUUUCAGUAAUUAUUGUAAGGUAACCUCGAGGGCUCACUUAUAUUCUUCAAAGCAUCAAAGGAAAUUUGGAAAGAUUAUAAAAGAUUAAAGUUUUUUUUUUUUUUAGUUUCUUUUAUAAUACACCCACAAUAUAUGGACUAUUCAGAGGUCAUUGCACACAGUGUACAUUUCUAAUGGAAGUUUCCGUUUGUGUUACUCACAGUUUCAUUUUGAAAACACAUUUUGUCGACCACAAGCAAAUUGCCAGAAACGUAAGGCUGACUGAGGCCAAUUUUCUUUCACCAAUGA